GUUUUUAAUUUUCUCAAUUCGAUAGUAGCUGAAGAAACAAGAAAAGAAACUUCCCGUAACUGUAAUCUUCCCUUCUCAGUGCUAUACUUACACAAAUAUGUACAUAUAUAUGUAUACGUACAAAUAUAUGUAUAUACCCUCACAUGAAAUCGUGUUAAACUUAUUCUUGUAGAGAGAUAAAUCAGCUAAGAUUGCGAGGAUCUGAAAAUCACGCCAAAAAUCACUUUCACCUUUGUUAAAACUUCCUGAAGGGAACCUGGAGGCAAAAUCUUGGAUUGAUAGCGAAAGUGUAGGAAAGCUUUAUGGUGGUGAGGAGUGAAAUAUAACCUGUAGAAAUAAAAAGGGAUAAUGGCUCCUUCAAGCAAAGCUGAGAAGAAGGCUGCAGUUGAUGCAGCAGCAUGGAUGUUUAAUGUAGUAACUUCAGUUGGCAUCAUCAUUGUCAAUAAGGCAUUAAUGGCUACUUAUGGCUUCAGCUUUGCUACAACGUUAACUGGUUUGCAUUUUGCUACCACAACAUUGAUGACAAUUGUUCUUAGAUGUCUGGGUUACAUACAACCUUCUCAUCUACCUCUUCCAGAGCUUCUCAAGUUUGUCUUAUUUGCAAAUUUCUCUAUUGUUGGGAUGAAUGUCAGUCUAAUGUGGAAUUCAGUGGGAUUCUACCAGAUUGCGAAACUGAGUAUGAUCCCUGUGUCCUGCUUGUUAGAAGUGUUGUUCGACAAGAUCCGAUAUUCAAGAGACACAAAACUUGGUAUUGUGGUUGUUCUCCUUGGGGUUGCUGUCUGCACAGUGACUGAUGUGAGUGUUAAUGCCAAAGGGUUCAUUGCUGCAUUUAUUGCAGUCUGGAGCACUUCUCUCCAACAGUAUUAUGUUCAUUACCUACAACGAAACUACUCACUUAGUUCCUUCAAUUUGCUUGGACACACUGCACCAGUCCAGGCUGGAUCUCUGCUGCUGUUAGGUCCCUUUCUGGAUUACUGGUUGACUGACAAAAGGAUUGAUGCCUUUGACUUUAAAAUACCAUCCAUGGUUUUCAUAAUCCUUUCGUGCACUAUUGCUGUAGGGACUAACCUCAGUCAGUUCAUCUGCAUUGGCAGAUUCACUGCUGUUUCAUUCCAGGUUCUUGGUCAUAUGAAGACCAUCCUUGUACUGAUCCUGGGAUUCUUAUUUUUCGGGAGAGAGGGCCUUAAUUUACAUGUCGUUCUUGGCAUGAUCAUUGCCAUUUUUGGAAUGAUAUUGUAUGGAAAUGCCUCAUCAAAACCCGGGGGGAAGGAACGACGCAGUCAUUCAAUUUCCAGAAGCAGCCAACAAAAGCAUGGACUAUUGGAAUCUUCUGAAGUUGAUGAGAAGGUUUAAAAAUUUCUGCAGCUCAAGUUUUAACAUACAAAGGAUGGUUGAUACCCGGAAAUUUUUUUAUCAUUCGACUCAAGAUACAUUUCACGAAUCAGUUUGUGAAUGAAGUUUUUUAAAUUUUGUAAUUUUAUACUUUUUUCUUAAUUUUAUUUCAAUGAGGGGAUUGAUAUUUUGGGACAAA